AUGCCACUGGCGCAGCGAGGAGUCCUAAGCCUGCAGGUGGUCAACGCGGAGCCCGAAGCAGUCGACCUCCUCUCUUUGAAGUGGCCAGUGGGCGCUGGCAGCCAAUGGUACUUGGCGAUCCCUUUGAGAACAUGCCCCUCUGGCAUCAUCUUGGCCCUUCCGAGCCAGGCCAUCGAUGCGGAGCAGCUGGAGGAGGCAGAGGACACGGGGCAAGUGGGACUGCUAGGCCCCAGCCAAAUGGUGACGGUCCGAAGGCAGGGAAGUGCCGAGGACUCCGAAGAGCUCUUAGAGGUGUUGAUGGUCGAGUUCAGCAUGGAGAUCCACAAGCAGUUGGAGAAAAAGUCCCCCCGCUCGCGGAGAGCGAUCGUGGGGUUCGUGGACGACGUGUCCGUCCUGCCAAGCUUUGCGGAGCUCAACACCCAGGUGGCUGCUUGGUUGGAAGGAGGCAACGCCCGGCUGGAGGACUACUUCACAGCAGUGGAGGACCCCGGCGAGAUGACGGAACACCCGUCCAAUGGCGCUAUUCUCGAACACUUGCAGAAUCUCACCGCGUCCUUGAACCAGAGAUUUGGUCACCUGGAGGCUGCAGUGCACAAGCUCGAGAAUGCGACGCCUCCAAGGCAGCCAACCGUAGGGGAGCGCUCCGGCGCCUUACGCUCAAGGGCCGCCGCGGCUCCGCAGGAGGAGAUGGCCAACCUGUUGGAGGAGGCCAGGCGACAGGUGCGGCGCCCCCCUCGCAGGACUCCGGACGAACCGGACCGACGAGCCGAAACCGCCAUCGAUGUGGACCUUUUCCAGGGCCAGGACGCCAAGGCCGAGCACAGCGUGGACGAUAUGAUGAAGCUGGCGCUGAUAAAGCUGCUCCAGGACAAGACGACGGGCAAGACCAAGAAGAAGGGCAAAAAGCUGCCAGGCCUAAGCUCCUGGGAGGACGCAGACAGCGAGAGCGACAUCGAGGAAGAGGGGGGGGACGGGGCAUCGAAGCUGUCGAAAGACUUUGGGGUGCGAUGCGGAACAACCCAGAACCGUACCAAGAAAGAAUGGAGCAGAGAACUCAAGGCAGUGGAGGAGAACGAGCUCACCCCCAACAUCCCGUUGCUCUUUGCCAAGUCUUGCCCGGUGGGGAAAAGCCGGACGGCAGGUUACUGCCUCCAGGGCUUUAAUGUGCACCGGCUGCUCUUGGAGAACAAGCCGAAGCAAGCCAGACUACAAGUGCUCCGCAUGACGGCCUCCAUCGAGCAGUUCCUCAUCGACGAGUCAUGGGCCGUCGCCGGCCGGUUGACAGGCAUGGAGGAGCCGCCUUGGGGUCAUUGGGCCACUCAGGAUGUGGGUGCCCUCAGGACCCUCAGGAGACAGUACGUCUACACGAGACUGGCCGAGAGCACUUGGGUGGCUGCCUUGAUCAACGAGCUGAAGGAAGAAGAAUGGCUGGUAAAGAAGCGGACUGGUCUGGCCAAGCCGCCCAAGGGGAAGGGCGAUGGCAAGGACACCGCCAAAGACGCCAGCGCUUGA